AUGUCAGCUAAAUCCAAAGCAACGUACACCAUCACUGGUAACAAGGAGGAUUGUAGCCCGUUUACAAGGAGCAACAAAACCCCCCGAUCGCCUGAUCGACAAAGCGUAAAGACACUUAAGGUUACUGCAUCAACAACGCACAAUGUGACCCCAUCGAUUGCGGUUUCACGCGAGGUGGCCCCUUUGGACAAUGUCCCAAUAGCAACUACUAUCGCCAGCGUAGCCGAACUGACGCCAACCCAAGGCACUACUAACAACGAAAUUGUAAGUGUAAGUGAAGGAGAGAGCACGCUCUCCGCCCUAGGCACUCUCAUCGACGAGUUAAUCUUGCUCACGCAUGGCCAAAAGCAAAGGCACGUAAAUCAACACAUGAAAAACAUAAUCGAUAAGAUUUCGCAAUUGCAAAAACAAGCAAUAACAGAGGUUAGAGAGUCGGCAAUGCAUCCGAUCGUUCAGGCGAAAAGAGGUCGCACUGCACUCAUUGAUGAACCAAUGACGGAGGAGCAGGCCCAACAACAAAACAAACGAUCUUGUAUCAACUCACCAAAAACACGAGCAAGAACAAAUUUAAUUGGUCAGUUUAAACGACCAACAAUAGUAAAUGAUGUCGCUAACAUUGAAAGGUUUGAAGGCACUGAAAAGUCUCCACUAAGCACGCAGCCAAUGAAAGGGCCGGAUAUUAACAAAGCAAAAACUAACCCAAUGGAUGAACAGUGGAAUAUAGUAGCAAAGAAAGCCAAUAAGAAGUCCGUAAAACUGCCAAAAUCAAAACCGCAAGCGAUAUUGAUCUCAAAAAGUGGGAAUCUUACAUAUGCGGAGAUUUUACGAAAAAUUAAGUCCGAAUCAACUCUCAGCGGAUUCGGUAAUAUAGUCACGAAGAUACGCAAAACGCAAAGUGGAGAAAUGUUGCUACAACUUAGCGGGGCAGUGAUGCCAACCGACUCUCAAGAAAAUAUGAGGAAAUGCCUUGGUGACCAAGCCAAUGUCAAACUCCUGACCCAGGAGACUCUACUCGAGUGCAAAGACUUGGAUGAAGUCACAAACAAGGAAGAAGUUCUUUAUGCCCUACAGAGACAGUUAGGAAAUUCAGAGCUGACGAUUGCGGCAAUCAAGAGCUUAAGGAAGUCAUACGGAGACACGCAAACAGCGCUCAUUAAACUCCCUGUUGAGGCAGCUAGACAGCUUCUGCUGAAUAAGAAGCUGAAAGUUGGUUGGGUAAAUUGCCGUAUACGGGAAUAUAGACAACCACAACGAUGUUUUAAAUGCCUUGAUUUUGGGCACACUUCAAAAGCGUGCAAAAAUGAAGACAGGUCCAGACUCUGCAGAAGAUGCGGCGAAGGUGAGCAUCAGGCAAAGGACUGCAACAACAAGCCCAAAUGCCUGCUCUGCUUGAAAGCUGGCGCAAAUGAAAUCGAUCACUUCACUGGAAGCGUCAGGUGCCCAGUUUACCAGAAAGCGGCUCAACAGAUAACAUGA